UUUCAUUUAGCCCUACGAUAAUAUUGAAAAGAUGUACGGAAAUUUUAAUUCUUUAUUCGUUGUGGUAUUAAUUUGUUGCGGAAAUUUUUAUUUAUAUGCCGAAGGAUAUUUUGAAUAUUGUGAUCAUGUUUAUAAUUUAGAUAGAUUUGGUCAAGUUUUUAUCAAUUCACCAUAUUAUUCAACAGUUUAUACACCACAGACAUGUCAAUUUCCAUCGAGAUUACCAUGUCGAUAUACACCAGGAAGUUCAUGCCGUUAUCAAAUAAUAGCACCAAGAGAUUUUAAUAUAUAUGCUCAGUGUAAUAUGUCAUUGGAUAGUGCUGGAUCAUAUUGUACAACCGAAUAUUUUUAUAUAAGUGUUGAUGGUGAUAAAAAUUUACAAUCAAGUGAAUACUUUUGUGGUAAUGGACAAUUUAAAAGGCAAUCAACAUUUAAUGAAUUAACAAUAGCUUAUACUUCAUCAUCAUCUUAUAGUAGCGGUUGGUUUACAUGUUAUUUAGAAGCAAUACCAAUUCCUCAAGAUGAAUGUGAUUGUGGUUGGUCGAUGACAUCUAAAAUAACUGGUGGUGUUGAAGCAAAAAUUAAUGAAUUUCCAUCGAUAGCAGCAAUUGUUGAUGAAAAUGAUUUAUAUAAACCAUUAUGUGGUUCAACAAUUAUUCAUUAUAGAUGGGCUCUAACAGCAGCACAUUGCUUUGAUUCUUUUACAGAAAAACGUGAUUUUAAUCCUCAGACAUUGAAAUUAUUAGUUGGAGAACAUGAUUUAAAAACAAACGCUGAAACACCUUAUACAGCAUUUUAUACAAUUUAUUCAGUGAUAAUUCACAGUUUAUAUAAAGUGGAUGGAUUUGAUUAUGAUAUAGCUUUGAUUAAAACUUUUGAUAAUAUGAGAUGGUCACGAGGUGUUGGUCCUGUUUGUUUACCUUUUAGAUGGGUUGAUUAUUCAUUUGUUGGGAUACCAGUUGAUGUUGCUGGUUGGGGUACAACAAGUUUUGCUGGAGCAAGAUCAACAGUAUUACAAAAAGCAACAUUAGAUGUUGCAUCUGAUCUUGACUGUUAUCAGGCAUAUAAUCAAUCUACUGAAUACACUUAUAAUUAUAUGAGGCAAAUGUGUACAAAAGGUGAAUAUAAGGAUGCUUGUCAAUUUGAUUCCGGUGGUCCAGUAUAUUGGCGUAAUCGAAGAAUGUUUUUGCUGGGUGUUAUUAGUUUUGGUAAACCAUGUGGAACUAAUGAACCAUCAGUUAAUACAAGAGUAACAAAUUAUUUAAAUUGGAUUGAAUAUCAAACACAAGAGAGAUAUUGUAAAGUAUUUAAUUAAAAAAAAUAAAAUGAGUAUAAAAAUAAUAUUAAUCUCAAAUUAUUGUGGA